ACGUCAUUUACCCCGGGUUCGUCUCUUAUAUCUUAAUCACCUAGAAAAUCCCCAUGAGUUGUGCAGAGAAACAGCUUCGAUAACACAAGGGACAGCGCACUGGACGACCUGAGGCCUUUUGAGGUCCUAUCGACCAAUCAGCCAUGUCCGUCAUAGACAUACACAAGGACUUGUCGGCUCUCUUCACCCAACAGGUCCAAGCCACGCCAGACAAUGUUGCCUUGGAGGACGACAAGCACACGUACAGCUACACUCAGCUAGCAGAAAAGGUCACCGCGCUCGCUGAUCGCUUUCGCAAGCAUGGCGUCGGUCGGGAUAAACUGGUCGGAGUACUCUUGCCUCGAAGUGCCGAUUAUGUAAUUGCCUGUCUCGCUGCUCUGCAAGCUGGAGGUGCUUUCCUUGUGCUUGAACUUGCAUAUCCCCCCGACUUGCUGGCUGAUGUUAUUGAUGACGCCAAACCAGCCGUGGUUGUCACUUAUCGAGCGGAGGUGGGCAAGAUCAAGGGUCAGACGCCAAUUAUAUCCCUCGACGACGAAGCAGAGUCGGAAGUCAAUGGUGAAGUUACCAGCGACUCGGGCCCCCUUCCCGCAGAUGACGAUUUGGACCGAUUGUCUUUCGUGGCAUACUCCUCGGGAACCACUGGAAAACCAAAAGGAAUUGCCAACCCACACAGAGCUCCAGUGCUAUCCUACAAUCUCAGAUUCGGUGUCAGCGACCAGCAACCUGGGGAUCGAGUUGCCUGUAACGUCUUUUUCGUCUGGGAGAUCAUUCGUCCACUGCUCAGAGGUGCCACCGUCGUUGCCGUUCCCGACGAUGCAAGCUACGAUCCGGUGGCUCUUGUUGACCUCCUCUCGGCAAAGCAUAUCACGGAAACUUUGAUGACUCCGACGCUUCUGGCUGCUGUCCUCUCUCGACAUCCGGAGAUCGGGAAACGACUUCCAGAGCUCAAGACCCUUUGGCUCAAUGGAGAAGUCGUGACCACCGACCUAGCUCGCCGAGCACUGAAGGCGCUUCCGAAUACACGAUUACUCAAUUGCUACAGUGCUUGUGAGACACACGAAGUGGCAUGUGGUGAUAUCGAGGAGAUUCUCGACGAGGAAUCUACCUACUGUCCUGUGGGUCCUCCUCUCGAUCCCAAACACACUUACAUCCUUGAUGAGGGUGGUCAGAAGGUGGAACCUGGCACAAGUGGUGAAUUGUUCGUUGGCGGUCGAUUGCUUGCCCGUGGCUAUCUGAACCGACCUGAAACAACAGCAAAGGCCUUCACCCCAGACCCUUUUGACUCGACUCCCGGCGCACGUAUGUACAGGACAGGGGAUCUGGCUCGGAUAUUACCGAAUGGUUUGCUGGAGAUCACCGGCCGGGUCGGUGCUAUGAUCAAACUGCGAGGUUACUCUGUUGUUCCAGCCAAGGUCGAGUCUGCCAUUAUUUCGCAUCUUGCAGUCAGUCACUGUGCGGUAAUUGCCCAUGGCGAGGGUCUCGAUAGACAAUUGGUUGCUUAUGUCGUUCGCGAUGAGGAGCAAUCAGAAGAGCGUCCCGUUGUGGAGAUCAAUGAUGCAGGCCGCAGCCCACAGGCACGCAAGAUAUUGUCGCCCUAUCUUGCUCACUACAUGGUUCCAGCAUUGUGGGUCGAAAUGAAUGAGCUCCCAACGCACGAGGUUUCUGGAAAGGCUGACCCCAAGCGGUUGCCUCCCCCACCAAGCGAAAACGCUGGACAGGUCAAUGGUCAUCAGAAGAUCGAGCAGCAAGAUCCAAUCUCGAUUGAGUCGAUUGCUGAAGUUUGGGCAGCGACCUUGAAAACUUCGCCGAGCAACAUUUCGCCAGAACACAACUUCUUCGAUCUCGGUGGACAUUCGUUGUCGCUUGCAGACCUGGCUUCAAGACUUUCCCGAAAUUUCGGCUUUCGGAUUCCCCUUCAGCGACUUGUCGACCCUCCCACGCUAAAUGGUCACCUUGAGACUGUCCGAGCAGUAAGAGAUGGCCAGGUUGCUGCGGUGCAAGCAGAUCUGCCCUCUGUUCUGCGCGCCGAUUCUGUACUCGACAAGGAUAUCGUACCACCAAAGUCCACCAUCUGCGCCCUUAGCAAGGCGAAUACGGUUCUCUUGACUGGAGCCACCGGUUUCUUGGGCGCGUUUCUCCUCAACGAUCUCUUGGAAAGUACGUCUGCCCAGAUUGUAUGCCUUGUCCGUUUCAGUGAUCCUUCACAAGAAGACAAACCAGGUGGUAUCGCCAGAAUCAGGAGGAACAUGCUCGAUUUGGGUCUGUGGACUGACUCGAUCAUGGAACGGGUCGAGAUCCUCCCUGGCAAUCUUUCUCGAAAACGACUCGGCCUUUCACACGAAGCCUUCGACGAGCUAGCUUCGCGCAUCCAAGUGAUUGUCCACGCAGCUGCGACGGUCAAUCUUGUCUAUCCUUAUGCAGCUCUUCGAAAUGCCAACGUUGGUGGCACAAGAGAAAUCCUGCGGCUGGCUUGUCGCGGUGGAGCUACGGUUCAAUACAUCUCCACGAACGGGGUGCUUCCACCAUCGCAAACCGGCUGGCCAGAAGGUACUAUGCUCUAUGUCGAUGAAGUUCCCGAGAAAAUCCCCGACGGAUACGGUCAGACCAAAUGGGCUGCUGAGCAACUCGUUCUCGAAGCCGGCCGGCGUGGUUUGCCCGUCAAGAUUCAUCGCGCAGGCACAAUCAGUGGUCACAGUUUGACAGGUGCCGCCAAUGCAUGGGAUCUUUUGUCGGCGAUGUUUGUGGAAUCCAUCCAUCUCGGCUAUGCUCCCGACGUUCAAGGUUGGCGCGCCGAGAUGACGCCCGUGGAUUUUGUCAGCAAAGCCAUUAUUCAUUUGUCCAAUCAGACACACGCCAAACAACUCGUUUUCCACCUUGGUGAUCCAGACCCGGUGGACACUCGAGUCGUGUUCAGCGACUUGACAGAGCUGGGCUACCCUACCAAGCCGUUGAGCUUUGAUCAAUGGGUAGCCUUGUGGUACGAGAAGAGAGGAUCUGCCAAAGGAGGCGAUGGUGCUUUCACUGUCGACAUUCUCCGCAGCGGCAUGCCGAGUGUUGAUUUUCUUCAAGGCAUCGUCGUGUUGAAUAAUGCCGCCACUCGGCCCUUCCGGUCUGUAGUGGAACGACCCAAGGUUGAUAGUAUCCUCCUCGAAACCUACACCCGCCACUGGUUCGCUCGAGGCUGGCUUCCUCGCCCUCCCUCAAGCCAACGAUCACUCGGUGGAACUGCACGACCCAUCCGCAGAGGCCCACUGGCCGGUCGCGUGGCAGUCGUCACAGGUGCAUCUUCAGGUAUUGGCGCCGCCGUUGCGGUUGCGCUGGCCCGAGAAGGAUGUCACGUAGCUCUUGCCGCUCGUCGUAUCGACGCUCUCGAGGCCAUCAAGCGUCGAAUGGUGGUCAGAGAAGGAAAGGUGAUUGUCCGCCAGACUGAUGUGACGGACCGUAAGCAAGUCGAGUCCCUCAUCAACGCGGCCCACGGCGAACUUGGUCCCGUCGACAUUCUCGUCUCGUGUGCCGGGGUCAUGUAUUUCACCAUGAUGGCCAAUGCGCAGGUCGAUGAAUGGGAUCGAACCGUCGAUGUGAAUUGCAAAGGCCUUUUGAACUGUCUUUCGUCCACCGUGCCGGGUAUGCUGUCUCGUGGAAGCGGACACAUCGUCGCCAUCUCCUCUGACGCCGGACGUAAAGUCUUCCCUGGUCUAGGCGUCUACUCGGCCAGCAAAUUCUUCGUCGAAGCCACGUUACAGAGUCUUCGUCUCGAGACGGCCGGCAAGGGACUUCGUGUGUCGAGCGUUCAACCGGGAAAUGUCGCCACAGACCUCCUUGGCAUGUCGACCGACACUGAAGCUAUCAAGAAAUAUGGAGAACCGACCGGAGCGCAGAUCUUGGAUCCUGAGGAUGUCGCCAAUUCAAUUGUCUAUGCACUGAAACAGCCGUCGCAUGUCUCCGUGAAUGAGGUCCUGAUUGAACCCAGAGAUGAACCGAUAUGAUUUGGAUUGUAACUCGCAUACUGAUGGGACAUGCGAUGAAUUGGAAGAAAGCACCGGGCCAGACGGAGCUUCAAAAUGAAACAAUAUAGACUUUUCCAAAAAAGGGUACAGGUACAAAUCUGAUGCGAUAGAAGAUCUCGAGGGUGGUUGAGUCAUUUUAGAUUGUAAGUAGUAAGGAAUCUAUUCAGUCACUCAUUGAUACCACAAAGUAC